AUGGGCGCAAGCAUGGAGUCCAAACCCUCCGUGUCUGUCGACAAAAGUACUGGGUAUCAUGAUGCUGGACAUCAGCAGGUUACCUCUAUUCUCCCGGAUGGCGAUGUGCCAUACAUGGAUCAUGACAUGGAUGCGGAUGAGCAGGUGAUUACAGCACUGGGUUACAAGCAGGAGUUUAAGCGCGAGUUUUCGCUGUGGACGACUUUUUGUGUUAGUUUUGCUGUUCUAGGACUGUUGCCUUCUUUUGCGAGUACUCUUUACUAUGGUAUGGGAUAUGCCGGCACAGCAGGUAUGGUCUGGGGUUGGAUAAUCGCCAUGAUCUUCAUUCAAUGCAUUGCAAUGUCAAUGGCCGAGCUUUGCUCAGCUAUGCCUACGAGCGGCGGUCUCUACUACGCAGCAGCAGUCCUCGCACCACCAGGCUAUGGACCCUUCGCAGCAUGGAUCACCGGAUGGUCCAACUGGAUCGGCCAGAUCACAGCCGCGCCAAGUGUGAACUACUCCCUCAGCGCAAUGAUCCUAGCAGCAGCGUCGAUCCACUACCCCGACUACACACCAACAAGCUGGCAAACCUUCCUCCUCACCACCCUAAUGAUGAUAAUCCACGCCGGAAUCAGCAGCAUGCCGACCAAGCGCGUCGCGCAGUUCAACUCCUGGGGCUCAACCUUCAACUUCCUAGCCCUAAUCGCCGUGCUCAUCCUCAUCCCCGCCAACACCAAAAACGUCCCCAAAUUCACCCCCUCCCACGAAGUCUGGUCCCACAUCACCAACCUCACUGACUUCCCGGACGGCGUCGCCGUUCUCAUGACCUUCGUCGGCGUCAUCUGGACCAUGUCCGGCUACGACUCGCCCUUCCACCUCAGCGAGGAAUGCUCCAACGCGAACAUUGCCUCGCCGCGCGCAAUCGUCUUGACCUCCGGCGUGGGCGGGCUGAUGGGCUGGUUCCUGCAGCUGGUCGUUGCGUACACGGUCCUGGACGUCGAGGCCGUCAUCGACUCCGAUCUGGGCCAGCCGUGGGCGUCGUACCUGCUGCAGGUCAUGCCGACCAACUCGGCCAUGGCUAUUCUGGCGCUGACUAUUGUCUGUGGAUUCUCCAUGGGGCAGGGCUGUAUGGUUGCUGCGUCGAGGGUGACGUAUGCUUAUGCUCGCGACGACUGUUUCCCCUUUUCGAGGUAUUGGAAGGCUGUGAAUGGGUAUACGCAGACGCCUGUCAAUGCUGUGAUCUUGAAUGCUGUGUUGGGGAUUCUGAUGUGUUUGCUUAUCCUGGCGGGCGAGGUCGCUAUUGGGGCUUUGUUUUCUAUUGGGGCUAUUGCGCAGUUCUUUGCUUUUGCUGUGCCGAUUUGUAUUCGAGUUUUCUUUGUCGGGAAUCGGUUUAGGAAGGGGCCCUGGCAUUUGGGGCCGUUUGGGCCUUGGAUUGGCGGCGUCGGUGUUGCUUUUGUCUUGCUGAUGGUGCCUAUCUUGUGUUUGCCGAGUGCGACUGGUAGUGAUCUGACCCCGGAUCUGAUGAACUGGACUUGUCUGGUGUGGGGGGCGCCUAUGUUGGCUGUUACUAUUUGGUGGGUUGUUGAUGCGCGGAAGUGGUUUACUGGGCCUGUUGUGAAUGUUGAGCAUGCUAUCCAUGCUGUUGAGCAGGAGCCGGUUGUGAGUGAGGGGAUUGAGCCUGUUUCUCUGGAGACCGAGACUAGUGGUCUUCCGCGGAAGUCGGAUGAUCCUGAUAAUCCUCUUUGA